ACGUGAUAUCAAACGCAAGACAACAAAUGAAUUUCCUCCUAAGCCCAGGAAAUCAGAUACACAUCAACAAAAAUACUUUAAACGCCAGCAAAAUGAGCGCAAUAGGUAUUUUUGGAGAUUAUAAAUAUAAGUUCAGCAACGGUCCAAAGAAACCGCCAUCGCUUGAAACAGUAUGGGUAUCAAAGUCGCACGACCCAACGGAUAUGCGAAGUACGGCACCAGCACCUCGACAUAAACCAAUCAUCAAGGAAGGAUCUGUGAAAGAUUUGUCACCAGAGUGGCUUCCUCCACAUCAAAGAUCUCUAAGAGAGAUAAACAGAGCGAAUGAAGAAAAAUGUAUUUAUCCAUCAUAUAGAAUAACAAGGUGCGAGGAUUGGUCGACGUUAAGAGAAAUGUUGCCGUCGCAAGGAAGACCAGAAAGGAUUGGAUCUGAAAACUGGGGAACAUCGAUGACGGAUCCACCAAGCCUGGUGCCAAAUUCAUCAACACGACAUCCAAUGAUUAAUAGCGCCAUGUCCAGAUACGUCGAUGACAUGAACUUAAAACACCGUCAAUUUAAAAUGUAUUGAGAACCGUUUUGAAAUUACAAAAAUGACUGUACAAAUACAUAUUUAUGAUGAUUCCUAACAUAUAUAUAUAUAUAUUAUUUCACCCUUUUCAUUCAAUAUUUUUAUAUUCUAUAUACUUGCAUGAGUAGACAAUAGUGAUCGAUUCGAGCCCCAGAAUUAAAUUCAAUGAACAUAGUAAAAAAUAAACAACUCAAGAUGAUAAAUGUUUAAUCGUAUUCAAACAUUUUUGAGCCUUUAAAUUAUAUGAUGUAUCUUGUAACGGCCUUGUAUACAUAUGGCCAUUGUGCUCACCAAUAAAAAGCAAACGAUGCGAAAUAUACCAGCACGUGUAUUUUGUACCGUGCCGAAUAAGAAUAUUAUUUACCAGGAGUUUCCCAAAGGCCAUACUUCAAACUGAAAAUUAUAGCAUACAGAGUUUGGCACGUCUCACUAUAUAUACAAUUGUUAUACAGAUAAUAAAAUCAGGAUUUGAACUUAUCCAUUUUGUUGCAAAUUUGCUGAAUGAACUGGACUUUUUAAUCACAUCCUGAUCGGUAUGUUUUCUGCACUCGUUCUCGGAGAUUAUAAUUUUCCUAUUCAAUAUUGCAUGAAUAUUUAAUAUCAGCAUGAUUUCAAAACCAGGUCAUAUACAUGAUAGUACCAACAUGAUUAUUUGUAUUUUUCACUUGAAUCUUCUUCAACAGCUCGAAUAGUGUUCUUAAAUAUUUUAUUUGAGGAAGCAUUGCGUUAUACUGCCUUAUAUUAUCGCUUUGACGUAUUAAGAGAAGCUUGUUUUAAUAUGUAUAUAUAUAGUAUCGUAGAUGCUUAUAACAACCAUUGUUAUUUAGGUGAUAUAUUGUAAUAUGUUUCAUGGAAACAUGUGAUGAAUAUCCUUCAGUUUUUCAAAUGAAACUUUCAAAUUGUAAUAAUAUAAAUGUAAUGUAUAUAUUGGUUCUAUUUCCUAAACUCAGUAGUUUGCCAGCGUUUCCCAG